AGUUGCUGUCUGUUUUCGGUAACGAAGCGCCACAUCAGUCGACAAUUUCCCGUUGGUAUGGAGAAUUCAAACGUGGACGGUUACUGCGAUUGGUAUACCACCAUUUGUUUGCCAAAAGUCAUCAUCGAGCUUCGAAAAAUCAACCCUGAAAGAAGAAUCAUCCGCCACCAAGACAAUGCAAGCUCGCACACAGCCCAAAAAACAAGGCAGUAUUUAACGAAAGAAAAUGUGGAAUUAUUAGACCAUCCUCCAUAUAGUCCCGAUAUAAGUCCUAACGAUUUCUUUACUUUCCCGAAAAUUAAAAACAGACUGCGUGAUCAAAGGUUCCAGUCACCAGAAGAAGCAGUUCACACAUUCAAAAAUGCCGUUUUGGAUCUGCCAGUAAACGAGUGGAAUAAGUGCUUCGAAAAUUGGUUCGAGCGCAUGCAGAUGUGUAUUAAUCUUCGUGGAAAAUACUUCGAAAAACAAUAAAGUCAUUUAAAACUAGCUACCGUGUUGUUUUAUUUCCAUAUGCAAAACCUAAACGGACA